AUGAAACAAGCAUUUUUCAGUCUAGAAGCUAAUUAUGGAGGACUAUCGAAGUUGUUGGCUUCCAUUCUAGAUGUUGAGCCAUAAGAUACAAAUGAAAGCAUCAAGACUACUUUUAGGGGGAUUCACAACUCUCCCCAUGGAGUGAAAUUAACCCAAGGAGGGGGGCAAAACCUUUUACUAUAAAGUUUUACUCGAGCAGUAGAUAACGUAUGUGGUACAGCAAGCAUCCUUCUGUCAAAGAAACUGAAAUUAAGGAAGACUCUCGAAGAUGUUGACUUCCGCUCACGAUGUUGA